AUGGCAAAGCUAUUCCAGGACAAAGUCGUCCUUGUAACAGGAGGCGGAAGCGGCAUCGGUCGCGCGACAGCACUCAAAAUGGCCUCUCUAGGCGCCUCCGUAGCGCUCGGCGACAUCAACCUUUCAAACCUCGAAUCCGUAGCUUCGGAAUGCCCAACACCCUCGCUUACGCAGACAGUCGACGUCUGCUCUACUCCAGACGUGCAGUCGUUCGUAGCCGCCACAAUGGAAAAGUUUGGCAAGAUUGACCAUAUCUUCAACUGUGCGGGCGUGAAUCCGACCAGCAUACCAUUGGAGGAGACGAGCGAUGCAUAUUGGGACAAGCUAGUUAACACCAACCUUAAAGGCGUCUUCCUAGUCACCCGAGCGUGCUUGCCUCACUUGAAGAGGGGCGCCAGCAUUGUGAAUGUCUCCAGUAUCUCUGGGAUCCGCGGCGCUGCCCUGCAAUCUGUGUACUGCACUACGAAAUUCGGACUCAUUGGGAUGAGCAAGUCUCUCUCACUCGAACUCGGUCCACGCGGCAUCCGCGUCAACUGCGUAGCCCCAGGCUACAUUGAUACGCCAAGCAAUGCGGGCAUCGUCAAGGGUGGGGAGGCGGUGGAGAGGAUGAGGACAGGGAAUGCGCUGGAGCGAUUGGGCACGCCCGAGGAGGUUGCGGAUGUUGUGGCCUUUUUGUUUGGAGAGGAGAGUAGAUACGUCAAUGGAGCGGUGGUGGAGAUUGAUGGAGGGCUCAAGAUGAGUAGCACUACGAGUAAGCUAUAA